AUGGCCAACAACAAUUCUUCAUCUAUUAGCAACUCUCAUGAGCCAUCAAAAUCAUUCACUUGCAUCACCCUUAGUAGUGUCACCAAGCUUCUACCCUCAAAUUACCUCACUUGGAAACUUCAAGUUGAAGCUCUUCUUGAUGGCUAUGAUCUUCUCAAAUAUCCAGAUGGAUCAUUUCCUACGCCGCCGAUGACGAUCUCCACCACCGGUGCAACUCCGAAUCCUGCUUAUCAAACCUGGCGUCGACAGGACCGUCUUAUAUACGGUGCUCUCCUCACCACUCUCUCCCCUGAAGUGGCAUCCCUGGUGUCUCAAACAACGACAUCACAUGAUCUCUGGACUCUUCUCCAACGCACCUAUGCCAAGGCAUCUCGUAGCCACCUCAAGCAGUUAAAGGAGCGUCUCCACACGGCAUCCAAAGGUACCCAGUCCAUCACCACCUACAUGCAUUCUCUGAAGCAAACUAUAGAUCUCCUUGCCUCACUUGGCUCUCCUGUCUCCGUUGAAGACAUGACUGACCAUGUCUUGUGUGGCCUCAACAAUGGUUAUAGAGUUGUCAUUGACGGCGUCAAUGCAAGGGACACUCCCAUUCUUUUUUACGACCUCCUCGAGAAGCUUCUCAUUCAAGAACUUUCCCUUGUUGCUGCUCAACGACAGGUUCCUGCUCCCAUGACAGCCUUGAAUGCACAGACUCGACCCAACCAUUAUGAUAAAACUCGAUCUAGACAAUUUUCUGCAUCAUCAUCCUCACGCCCUGACUAUCACAAACCGUUUCUUGGUCGGUGUCAAUGGUGCAAUGUCAAGGGCCAUGUUCUGUCUCAGUGUCACACCUUCAAGCAGCAACACCCUGGUGUCCCAAUGCCUCCUCGUUCCUCCUCUGCUAACCCUAGACAGGUUCAGGUUCAUACUGUAACCAUUGGCACUUCUCAAAAUAAUUUUUUGGUUGAUAGUGGAGCGACGCAUCAUGUCACCAAUGAUCUUGACAAUCUAGCGCUUCAUCAUCCGUACACGGGUCCAGACUCAUUGUUUAUGGGCAACGGUUCAGGUUUAAACAUCACUCAUUCUGGAACACUUUUACUUAAUGAUUUAUCCCUCUCCCACACUUUGUGUGUUCCUUCCAGGCAACAAAAAAUCCUUUUUGUCUCUCAACUCACCAAACAAACUAACUUUGUUGUUGUUUUCUUGCCAAACUCUUUUUAUGUUAAGAACUUGCAGACAGGUCAAAUAACCCAUAAUGGCUCAUGUGUGGAUGGACUCUAUCUCUGGCCAGCCAACUCUCCGUCAGUCCAUUCUGUCCACAAAGACUCAUCUGCUUCAUGGCACCAUAGACUUGGGCAUCCCUCCUCUUCUAUCUUAACAUUUAUUCAGCAGCAUUUUUCUUUGGGUUCAAAUAAAUUCCAGCAAUCAGAUUGCAACUCAUGUCAAAUUAAUAAAAUUCAUAAACUUCCUUUCAAUGAAUCCACUCUUAAAUCAUCUUAUCCUUUGGAAAUAAUUUUCUCUGAUGUAUGGACUUCCCCUGUUUUAUCCAUUGAUGGUUGA